AAGACUUUACAUCCUCUUCAAGGAAGGAAUAGCAAGAUUGUUUGUUUGAAUGUUAUCUCCCUUUUUUGUGAAGGUUCACGUUGCAGUUUCUCUGGAACUGUUGACCAUUUUUUGUUUAGCGAACAAAGCCUCUUCUCCCAUCAAGGUGAAAGCUUUCUAGUUUUUGAUAUAUAGCUGCCAUGCUGAGACCCAGGACUUGCAAUCAAGCUCCUGUAGCUCUCGCUCAAAGACCUCUGAAAGCAACCACAGAAGAUGGCCCAGUUUAAUCUGCCCACGGUCUGCAUGCUGCUUCUCCUGUCUCUCGGUCUCUUCAGUGUGCUGGCAGAUACAGCAUGCUGCACUACAUAUUCACAAGGUAUAUUGCCGAAAAGAUUUAUUAAGGGCUUUUCCAUUCAAGACAACCAUGGCAAGUGCCACAUCAAUGCAAUUAUUUUCCUCACCUUGAAAGACAGAAAGGUGUGCGCUGACCCUACCCAAGGCUGGGUGACGGACGCGAUCAAACAUCUGAGGAGCACAGUCCAAGAAAUGACCAGGAACGGCAGCCCAAUGCAGAGUCAAUGAUGCCACCCUUCUCUGGGAAUGGCCGUCCGGCAGAACUGUGCCAAACAAAUGUAUCAUGAUCUCUGGACUGUGCUAAAGGAUGAUGUAUAGAAAUAUAUUGCUAAAAAAUACAUUGAUGAACUGUGCUGUAUGAUCUUGUCAACAUUUAUUGUUAUAACAUUGCACUGAAUUUACUCUUUAUAGAGACAUUAUUUUUGCGAUUAAUUUAUAUUCUUACAUAAAUAGGUUUAUGCAUUAUUUAUAUAAAUUAAAGUACAUAAUAGCAUCAAGUCUUUGAGAAUAAUUUUUAUCUCAUUCAAAAACAUAUUGCUUUGUAAAAGAGUU